ACUCCCACAACUCAAGACACCCUCCUCCUCACAUGCAAGGUUUAUGUACAGAUCCUACUGCUAUAUAAAGGGUGGUCACGCUAUUAACUUUCAACGAAGAGUAAGAAGAAAAAGAUAUAAAAAAAAGAUGGCAAGUAAUUUGGAAGAGGGAUUGUUAGUAAAGAAUAAAUUAGAGGAAAAUAAUGAUAGUGUUGAAGUUGUAUUGAGAGAUCAGGAAUUGAGAUGGGAGGUGAUAGGGGUGGAGAUGAAGAGAAUUGGUUACUUAGCAGGACCAAUGGCAGCAGUGACAUUGUCACAAUAUUUGUUGCAAGUUAUAUCUAUGAUGAUGGUUGGUCAUUUAGGUCAACUUUACCUAUCUAGCACUGCAAUUGCUGUUUCUCUUGCUACUGUUACUGGCUUAACUCUUCUUCUAGGAAUGGCAAGUGCACUAGAAACUCUAUGUGGGCAAGCAUAUGGAGCUAAGCAAUACAAGAAAAUUGGAACACAAACAUACACUGCUAUAUUCUGUCUCUUCAUAGUUUGCAUUCCCUUGUCCAUGUUAUGGAUAUACAUUGGACGAUUACUCGUGUUCAUCGGACAAGAUCCUCAGAUUUCACAUGAAGCUGGAAGGUUCAUAAUAUGUUUAAUUCCUACACUUUUUGGUAGUGCAGCUCUUCAGCCACUCAUUAGAUAUUAUCUAAUGCAAAGUAUGAUCCUUCCUUUGAUUGUAAGUUCAUGUGUAACAAUUGCCAUCCAUGUACCACUAUGUUGGGUGCUAGUUUAUCACACUGGAUUAAAGAAUAUUGGGGCUGCAUUUGCAAUGGACAUAUCAAUUUGGUUGAAUGUCACAAUUCUUGCUUCAUACAUGAGGUUUUCCGCAGCUUGUGAGAAAACUCGUGUGCCAAUUUCAUCAGAGAUUUUCCAUGGAACGAAAGAGUUCUUUUGUUUAGCCAUCCCUUCGGCUAUCAUGAUAUGUCUUGAAGGGUGGUCCUUUGAGUUCAUUAUCUUGCUAUCCGGGCUAUUGCCAAAUCCAGAGCUUGAAACUUCAGUGCUCUCUGUAUGCCUCAACACUAUUGCUACCCUUUAUUCAAUUCCAUAUGGUCUUGCUGGUGCUGUAAGCACGAGAGUUUCCAAUGAGUUGGGAGCUGGAAAUCCACAAGGAGCACGUAUAUCUGUUUCCUUGGUGAUGCUCCUCACAGUAAUGGAGGCUAUACUAAUAAGCGUGACCCUCUUUGGUUGUCGGAACAUUUUUGGCUUCGUUUUCAGCAGUGAGAUGGAAGUUGUGAACUACGUAGCAAUGAUGGCUCCACUUGUUUCAUUAUCUGUCAUAAUGGAUGCCUUACAAUCUUCUCUUUCAGGUGUUGCUAGGGGAUGUGGUUGGCAACACAUUGGAGCCUAUGUCAAUCUUUCUUCAUUUUACUUAUUUGGCAUCCCUAUAGCUAGUUUAUUGGGUUUCUGGUUUGAACUUAGGGGAAAAGGCCUGUGGAUUGGCAUACUAUGUGGUGCAACUCUACAAACUAUUCUCCUUUCUGUCUUUACAGGCUUCACUAAUUGGAAAAAACAGGCUGAAAUGGCAAAGGAGAGGUUUCUUGAGGUAAAAUGAGUAUACAACAUGAUGGGAAAAAAGAUAGAAAGAAGAGCUAGACCCAUUUUGCUUCAAUUUUGACAUCUUAUAUUUGGAGAUUGUAACUAAAAUUUGUUGUGUGGCCACCAAGUUUACAUCCUAUAGUGUGAUCUUCUACAAGUAAUAUGGUCAAUCAUUUCUUGUUGAGUAUACUUGCAUUUGUUAUUUGUAUAAUCACUAAUCUAGGUUUUGAAGUGUGAGGAUCCACAAGUAAUAAGUUAGAGGUUGGCCCUAAGGAGAUUGUACUUAAAGUAGUCAUUUGUGUAGUCCCAAGUUUCCUUAUUGAAGAGUGAGAUUUUUAACAUUGGUA